AUGGAGCGAAACAUAGAUAUUUACGCCAGCAAGCUUGGCGAUGAGAAGCUGGAAGUGAAAGUUCGAGCCAAUGUCGCGACGGAACUGCGAGACAGUAUUGAACCUCUAUGCUCGGGCGCAAACUACCCAAUCUUCCUAGCGAAGCUAUGGCCGGUGUUCAAAAACAUUUUGAAGGGCGACCCAGUCUUCUUCAGCAUGUCCUACGACCAGAAACUACGUCACUGCAUCCUCGAGACACUGCACCGAUUACCGAUGGGAUCUCCCGAUGUCGAGCCGUACGCCGUUGAUAUGGUGGAUAUAUUAAUGGAACUUGCGCGAAUUGAGAACGAAGACAAUGCGGUGCUCUGCAUGAAGACAAUCAUGGAUUUGGAGAGGAACCAGGCCAAGGCCACCGCACACCGGGUGCAGGCCUUUUUGGAUCUUAUCCAGGAAAUGUUUCAGACCAUGGAGCAGGUGGUCCGCGAUACCUUCGACACCCCCAACCAGGGUACAUCCUCAGGCAUGCCGUCGACCCCCAAUGCAACUGCACAAACUUUCCAGUCUCCUCGGCCGAGCUCGCCUGCCACCUCAGUAUCAGAUUUAGGACCCGAUCAGCAGAUGAGCAAUGUUCUACUCAAAGGCAUGCAGUCAUUUAAGGUUCUCGCAGAGUGUCCGAUUAUCGUCGUUUCGAUCUUCCAGACCCACCGUGCGUCGGUUUCUGCCAACGUGAAGCUCUUUGUGCCUCUCAUCAAGACAAUCUUGCUGCUUCAGGCGAAGCCGCAGGAAAAGGCACACGCAGACGCCGCUGCCCAGGGUACAAUCUUCACGGGUGUCUGUAAGGAGAUCAAAAACCGAGCUGCAUUUGGAGAAUUCAUCACAGCUCAGGUGAAGACGAUGAGUUUCUUGGCAUAUCUGUUGCGCCUGUAUGCCCAUCAACUGCAGGAUUUCCUUCCCACGCUCCCUUCUGUCGUCGUGCGCCUUCUUCAAGAUUGUCCCCGAGAGAAGUCAGGUGCAAGGAAGGAGUUGUUGGUCGCCAUCCGUCACAUCAUCAAUUUCAACUAUCGGAAAAUCUUCCUGGAGAAGAUUGAUGAGCUUCUAGAUGAGCGUACUCUCAUUGGAGACGGUCUCACUGUUUAUGAGACCAUGAGACCACUGGCUUACAGCAUGCUGGCAGAUCUGAUACACCAUGUGCGUGAGCACCUCAGUCGUGAUCAGAUCCGGCGCACGGUUGAGGUUUACACCAAGAACCUCCAUGACGACUUUCCCGGCACAAGCUUCCAAACUAUGAGUGCAAAGCUUCUCUUGAACAUGGCAGAGAAUAUCUCCAGACUGGAGGACAAGCGUGAGGCGCGCUAUUUCUUGAUCAUGAUCCUAGAUGCGAUCGGUGACAAGUUCGCGUCAAUGAACCACCAGUACAAGAACGCCGUGAAGGUUUCCAGGGCAUACAAGGUUCUCAGAAAAGAUACCGAGCCUUGCGCUGAGAACUAUCUUGCUGAGAAGGAGAACCCGCCUGACUGGGACGAGAUUGACAUCUUUUCUGCUUCUCCCAUCAAGACGUCUAGUCCACGCGACCGUGGUGGUGACCCUGUUUCGGACAACAUCUUCCUCUUCCGGAACUUGAUCAAUGGGCUAAAGAACAUCUUCCGGCAAUUGAAGAAUUGCAACCCUGAUGACGUUCAAAUCGACCCCAGCAGUGUCCCAAUCAACUGGUCUGAAGUGUCAUAUGGCUACAACGCAGAGGAAGUUGGUGUGAUCAAGAAGCUCUUCCACGAGGGUGCUCGUGUGUUCCGCUACUAUGGGGUAGAUCAGCCUCCUCCUGAGAUGAACUACGCGUCUCCGUUCGACUUCCUUGCCAGCCAGUACGCCGCACCUAUGUCGCGCGAAGAAAAGGAGUUGCUGGAAAGCUUUGGCACAGUAUUCCACUGCAUCGAUACUGCAACUUUCCAUGAAGUCUUCCAUUCCGAAAUACCCUAUCUCCACGAGCUCAUGUUUGAACAUGGCGCUUUGCUUCACCUGCCUCAAUUCUUCCUGGCUAGCGAGGCCACAUCUCCUGCAUUCUCCGGCAUGGUGUUGCAGUACCUCAUGGAACGCAUCGAUGAGGUUGGAACUUCAGACAUGACGAAGGCUAAAAUCCUGCUAAGGAUGUUCAAGCUUUCAUUCAUGGCUGUCACUUUGUUCUCUGUGCAAAAUGAGCAGGUCCUUCAUCCUCAUGUAACGAAGAUCGUGACCAAGUGCAUUGAGCUUUCAGUCACUGCCGAGGAGCCCAUGAACUACUUCCUUCUCCUGAGGUCUCUCUUCCGAAGCAUUGGCGGAGGACGCUUCGAGUUGCUCUAUAAAGAGAUUCUCCCGCUUCUGGAGAUGCUCCUCGAGACGUUCAACAACUUGUUGCUUGCUGCGCGCAAGCCGCAGGAACGGGACCUCUAUGUGGAACUCACUCUUACAGUUCCUGCCCGACUGAGCCAUCUUCUCCCCCAUCUAAGCUACUUGAUGCGCCCAAUUGUGGUUGCGUUACGUGCCGACUCUGAUCUUGUCGGCCAGGGUCUACGGACGCUGGAGCUUUGUGUGGACAAUCUCACAGCUGACUACCUCGACCCCAUCAUGGGCCCGAUUAUGGACGAACUGAUGACGGCACUUUGGGAUCACCUACGCCCAGCCCCUUACAACCACUUCCAUGCACACACCACUAUGCGAAUUUUGGGAAAACUGGGAGGAAGAAACCGAAAAUUCCUCAACCACCCUCCAGAGCUGUCAUUCCAGCAAUUUUCUGAUGAUAAUCCCAGCUUUGAUAUCAGACUCAUUGGCCCGAAUGAGAAGCGACAUUUCCCGGUAGACAUUGGGAUCGAUCUCGCCGCUGGCAAGCUUAUGGAAAUUCCAAAAACAGACGCUGGAAAAGCUUCGGACAUUUACUACAAGCAGCAAGCCUAUCGGAUGUUGAGCUCCCACCUGAAGCUUCAGAUUGGCUAUGACAGUAUCCCUGAUGAUUUGGCGACCCUGAUCAGACUUCAUGCGAAUGAUCUGUUUGAGAAUAAGCCGGGUGCGAUGGCAGAUAUUCUCGACAAGUCAGAAAGAUCGUCUUCCAUCCCGAAGAAAAUUGCUCAGGAAGCAACGGUGAAGAAGCUGAUCAAGGCGUGUAUCUUUGCCACUACCAUUCCCGAACUUGAGCCAAAUGCUACGGCAUUUGUCGCUGAUGUUGGCAAGCACUUCGCUCUUGUAGAGGUUGGUCGUGCUCUUGCUCAAGCUAGACACGGCCGCAAAGCCUUUGAUGUCGCAAGUGGGGAAGGUCCCGUGUACCUGGACUCCAGGAUCCUUGCAGACGCCUUGGUUGAAUGCCUGUCAUCCGACGAGGUUCACGUUCGCGAAGCAGCAGAACGGGCAAUGGUGACUGUCAAGGAUGCCGCAGGCGUCAUCUUUGGCUCUUCCGAGAAGGCAGCCAAGCUCCCAUUCUUCGUGCAUCUGGGCCGUGUCUUCUGCCAUAGCUGUUACAGCGAAGAGUGGUUCACUAAAGCCGGUGGUAGCCUGGGAAUCAGCCUGCUCGCAUCUAAGCUGGAAUUGGGAGACACAUGGCUCUAUGAGCGACAUGUCGAAUUCUGUAGGGCCUUGAUGUACGUUAUCAAGGACACGCCUGCAGACCUUCCCGCUGCUACCCGGAUUCAGUCACAAGAGACAAUGACCUUGAUUCUACGACGAUGCGGCAAGCUCAUCCCUAAAGAUGAUUUGAAGAAUGAAAAGAGCCGUUUGUAUGCGCUGUGUGGCUUCUUCGUCUAUGAGCUCGGACACAUGAAUAAGCACGUUCGAGAGACCGCUCGUCAUUGCUUCACGACGUUGAAGGAAGUGAUUGGCUGCGAAGUGCAUGAGCUCAUCUUCCCCGUCAGAGAUCGGUUGUUGCAGUCAAUUUUCAACAAGCCUUUGCGUGCUCUGCCUUUCCCAACUCAGAUUGGGUUCAUCGAUGCCAUCACGUACUGCCUCAGCCUUCACAAUGACAUCGUCACCUUCAACGAGCCGCUGAAUCGCUUGAUGCUGGAGUCGCUUGCCCUAGCUGACGCUGAUGAUGAAUCUCUCGCGUCUAAGCCGAACGAGUUUAAGAACGCUGAUAUGAUUGUGAACCUUCGUGUAGCAUGUCUUCGUCUCUUGUCUAUGGCGAUGAGUUUCCCCGAGUUUGCAAACACGCCGCAGAACACGAGCAGGGCUCGUAUAAUAUCUGUCUUCUUCAAGUCACUUUACUCCAGGUCACAGGAGGUAAUCGAAGCGGCAAAUGCUGGGCUCAGGGAUGUUCUUACCCAAACCAACAAACUUCCCAAGGAUCUUUUGCAAAAUGGCCUGCGUCCCAUUCUUAUGAACCUCCAGGACCCCAAGCGGUUGAGUGUUGCUGGCUUGGAUGGUCUCGCUCGUCUGUUGACGCUGCUCACGAACUAUUUCAAAGUCGAGAUUGGUGCUCGUUUACUAGAACACAUGAAAGUCAUUGCAGAUGAUGCUGUGCUACAGAAGGUGUCGUUCAGCCUCGUUGAGCAAAACCCGGCCAUGAAAAUCGUCGCCGCGAUUUUCAAUAUCUUCCACCUCCUUCCAUCGGCCGCUACUUCAUUCAUGGAGCUUCUGGUCAAUAAGGUCUUGGAUCUCGAAGUGAAACUUCGACGCACUUCACACAGUCCAUUCCGCAAGCCCCUUGUGAAGUAUCUUAAUCGCUACCCAAAAGAGAGUCUGACCUUCUUCUUUGCACGCUUCAAGGAUGAGCGAUUCGGUCGAUUCUUUGGUCAGAUUCUGGCUGAUCCCGAGAGUGAGGCACUGCGAAAUGCCAUUGUUGCUGACACGGAGAGCUUCUCUGCUGCCGCCUUUGGUCAAGACCUUGGUGACGGAAAGAACACCGCUGCCAUCAACGGAGUUUAUGUCGCGCAUUCCCUGUGUUCCUAUAGCUCAACCAAGCGCUGGUUGGUCUCUCAUGCAGAGAUGCGAACAAAACUUCUCGCUUCCGGCAGGGAUUUGGAAAGGAAGCUCCGCGCUGACAGUUUACCUGCUGAUGAGCGGCUCCGUGUAGAGCAGGCUGAAGACCAAUUGAUGGAUAUCUUCACCAUGUACCUGACUGAGGCAACCCAUGAUCUGGAUUUCCUCUUUGAAGUCAUCGACGGACUUUCUGCUGAUGAGCUGAAACGCACACUCGCUCUUCCCAAGUUCAUUUACAAAAGCAUCAUCACCAAUGAGUCCAUCGAUUACCGGCGCUCUGUCAUCAUGCGCUGUCUCGAUCUCUACGGCCAGAAGAGCUGCCCUCAGAAGACCAAGACAUAUGCCUUCCGCCAUCUGGUGAACCCCAUCCUUGCGAUGGAUGUCCAGAUCACUUGGAACAGCCCUCCGAACACCCCCAAGCUGAUGGAUAAGAGCAUGACCGAGUCCAUCCAGAGUCGCUUGUGGAAACCUCAGCUGGCCGAUCUGAGCGAAGAGUCCAACCAAGCAGGUGUUGACCACUCCCGCAUGGAAUUACUUCAACUAUCUGCUUUGUUGAUCAAGUAUCAUUCACAAACAGUGCAGGAUUCCCGAAAGGAUAUCAUCAAGUUUGCCUGGAACUACAUUCGGCUUGAGGACCAUAUCAACAAAUACGGUGCCUACGUGCUGAUCAGUUACUUUAUCGCACACUACGAAACUCCAUUCAAGAUUGUUAUCCAGGUCUAUGUGGCAUUGCUGAGGGCUCACCAAAACGAAGGCCGAGCUCUUGUCACCCAGGCUCUCGAUGUCCUUGCUCCUGUGCUCCCCACACGAACCGCUAGCAGCUCGGGAGCGGAGGCACGAUAUCCGCUAUGGGCUAAAUGGCCCCGUCGCAUCCUCGCCGAAGAAACCGCCAACUUGCAGCAGGUCAUGAGCAUCUUCCAAUUCCUCGUUCGCCAGCCUGAUCUUUUCUACGAGUCAAGGGAACACUUUGUACCCCUCAUCGUCCCCUCUUUGGUCAAGAUCACUGGUCCACCCAACACCUCCAAUGAUAGCAAGAAGCUUGCGCUCAAUUUGGUCAGCUUGAUUUGGCACUGGGAGGAGAAGCGGGCACAGAAUGCUGAGGCCAACAAUUUGGCCAAUGGCACAUCCGAGUCUCCAGUUGCAAGGAAGCGCAAAUUGGACGAGGCUCAAGAGCCUUCUCCAUCCCCCGCUCUUGGACCUCCUAGUAGCCGUGAACGGUCUGACUACACUGUGCCCAAUGAUUUGCGCGCUACGUUGGUAAAGUAUCUCAUUAGCUUCAUCACCACAAUUCCCGAGCGCUUCCUGGUGCCAGCAGCUCAGAUUCGCCAAAUGCCCACCACGAAGCAACAAGCUCCUGUACCCACUGGUGAAAUGAUCAAUAAGGCUAUGAACCUGCUGCGCAGCCUUCUCUCGCCUGAGUACUGGGGUGAUCUAGACAUUGAUCUCUACCAAAAGGUUACCGAGCCAAUCCUGGUUGGCGAAAAGGGCGACAAAGUCGAGGAUAAAAUAACCUACACGGUCAACACCCUGCAGGUCCUGAGGGUACUUAUCGCGGCCAAGCCCAAUGAGUGGAUAGCUGCGCGUCUGCCUGCUAUCCAGAAGCUUCUUGAGAAACCUUUGAGGUCAGAUAACCCAGAGAUCCAGGAUUGUCUACAUGGGCUCGAGGACGAGAUGGAUGUUGUACACAAGCUGCCGCCUCCUGUUCGUCAUGUUCUUGAGGCUAUUCCAGACGAGCAACCGGAUGAUGAAGACGCCAUGGAUACGGAGGGGACGCCUUCGGAGUUCGGUUCGUACCUGUCCGCCAUUGCCACGGAAACACUUUCGGCGAGCAAUUAUGUCUCAAGUCUGAACAUCCUAUGGACCCUCUCCAAAAUCAAGCCGGCUGAGAUCGACGCCCACAUCCCUGCGGUUAUGAAAGCGUUCUCUGGGAAACUCGCCAAGGAGCAUGUCAACGCUUCGACCCAAAAUGGCGCUCAGCUGCAGAAUGGCGCGAAGCCUCCCGAUGGCGUUCCAGUUACGGACCAACAAGAGUUUGAGCUUGGUGUUGAUCUUAUUCUCAAGACCAUCGAACUCAUUUCUGUCAGAAUGUCUCACCUAGGCGAUCAACGCCGUCCAUUCCUCAGUGUUCUAGCGCAAAUCGUGGAGCGAUCACAGAACGUCGACCUGUGCAGCAAGAUACUCGGCAUGGCCGAGUCUUGGAUCUUCCAUUCUACCGAGUCGUGGCCAACUUUGAAGGAGAAAACGGCUGUUCUACACAAAAUGCUGCUUUUCGAAGCUCGGCCCGACCAGACAAUGUUGAAGAAGUUCCUAGAUCUUGUCAUCCGAAUCUAUGAAGAUUCGAAGAUUACUCGGACUGAACUCACAGUGCGACUGGAGCACGCCUUUUUGAUCGGCACAAGAGCCCAAGACGUCGACAUGAGGAAUCGCUUCAUGCAAAUCUUUGAUCGGAGUUUGACCCGUCUCGCUAGUUCCCGCCUCAGCUAUGUCCUCACUUGCCAGAACUGGGACACUCUCGCCGACUCCUUCUGGUUGGCCCAAGCAUCUCAUCUAGUGCUUGGGUGUGUCGACAUGACCACCACUGCUCGCUUGCACCAGGAAGACUUUACCGUGUUCCCCGUGUCGUUCCUCUUCAGCAGUGGUGAGAAAGACCCAAGGAAGGCCGAUAUCAUGGUGGACGACCAGUUGGAGACCUUUGUCGCCGAGCGGAGGCGUUUCAUGUCGGAUAUUGGCGAUGUCAGAGUUCGCGAUCUGAUCGAGCCUUUGUGCCAGCUUCAACACACCGAUUCGAACGUUGCUUACAAACUGUGGACCACUCUGUUCCCUCUUUUCUGGUCCACACUGUCCAAUAAAGAUUGCAUUGACUUGGAGAAGGACAUGGUUACACUGCUCACUCGUGAGUACCACCACAGACAACUCGACAAGCGACCCAAUGUCGUCCAGGCUCUUCUGGAGGGUGCUGUGCGUGCUAGCCCUCGGUUCAAAAUCCCUCCCCACGUCAUCAAAUAUCUCAGUCGCACCUACGACGCAUGGUACACUGCUGCGACCUACCUCGAACAAAGCGCCAUCAAUCCUAUCAUCGACACACCUACCGUCCGCGAGAGCAACUUGGACGCGCUUGUCGAGGUCUACGCAGGACUCCAAGAGGACGACUUCUUCUACGGAACUUGGCGCCGUCGUUGCAAGUUUGUGGAAACCAAUGCGGCUCUUUCGUACGAGCAACAAGGCAUGUGGGACAAGUCUCAGCAGCUCUAUGAGAAUGCUCAAAUCAAGGCUCGUUCCGGUGCUAUGCCUUUCUCGCAAGGUGAAUACUUUGUGUGGGAAGAUCACUGGUUGAUUUGUGCCCAAAAGCUUCAGCAGUGGGAAAUUCUCAGUGACUUUGCCAAGCAUGAGAACCUGAACGACUUGUUGCUUGAAGCCGCAUGGAGGAAUAUUGAGAACUGGCAGAGCGAGGGCAACCGUGAGCAGCUUGAGUCAUUGAUCAAGUCUGUAUCCGAUGCCCCAACUCCGAGACGCACCUUCUUCCAGGCCUUUAUGGCCCUUCUCCAAUAUCACACGAAGAAGGACAACAUCCAGGAUUUCAACAGCGUUUGCGAUGAGUCCAUCCAACUCUCCAUUCGCAAAUGGUUGCAAUUGCCGAAGCGCAUCACAAACGCUCAUAUUCCGAUUCUGCAGCACUUCCAACUCUUGGUUGAACUGCAUGAUGCUAGCCAUAUCUGUGGCAGCUUGGCCCAAACAAACGAACGCAAUUUGGAUACCAAGUCUGCCGAGUUGAAAUUGCUGCUUGGAACCUGGAGAGACCGCCUGCCCAACCUCUGGGAUGACAUCAACACAUGGCAAGAUCUGGUCACCUGGCGUCAGCACAUCUUCCAGCUCAUCAACGGAACAUACCUCAGUCUUCUGCCCCCACAGACGAACAAUGUCGCCAGCAACUCUUAUGCGUACCGUGGUUACCACGAGACCGCCUGGAUCAUUAAUCGCUUCGCUCACGUAGCCCGGAAGCACCAGAUGCCAGAGGUUUGCAUCAACCAGCUCAGCCGGAUCUAUACCCUUCCCAACAUCGAAAUCCAAGAGGCCUUCCUCAAGCUUCGGGAGCAAGCUAAAUGCCACUACCAGAAUCCCAAGGAGCUGAACAGUGGGCUGGACGUCAUCAACAACACCAAUCUUAACUACUUCGGACCACAGCAGAAGGCCGAAUUCUACACUCUCAAGGGAAUGUUCCUGGCCAAACUUGACCAUGUCAAUGAGGCCAAUGAAGCGUUUGGUGUCGCACUAUACUAUGACCUUCGCCUUGCCAAGGCCUGGUCCGAAUGGGGACAAUACAGUGACCAACGCUUUAAAGCUGAUCCUACUGACUACGAGCUGGCUAGCAAUGCUGUUAGCUGCUAUCUCGAGGCUGCUGGUCUGUACAAGAGUGCGAAAUCCCGGAAGUUGCUCAGCAGAAUUCUCUGGCUCCUCAGCCUGGACAAUGAAGAAGGCAAGAUCGCAAGUGCAUUCGAAAACUUCAAGGGAGAUACCCCCGUAUGGUACUGGAUCACUUUCAUUCCUCAACUUCUCACCAGCCUGUCUCACCGUGAGGCGCGUCUCUGCAAGGCUGUCCUGGUCAAGAUCGCCAAGCUUUAUCCCCAGGCCCUCUUCUUCCUGCUUCGCACGAACCGAGAGGACAUGCUGAGCAUCAAGAAGCAGCAUGACCAAAAGCUGGCAAACCGAGCCAGACAACAGCAACAGCAGCAAGGAUCCUCGCCCAGCGCGAAGCCCAACCCAGCUGUUGGUGCCGAUAGUUCACCGGCUCAAAAGGCUCAAGCUGCAGCUGCCAAUGCCUCUCCCUCAGUCCCGCCUGCGAACUCACCGGCUACCCAAACCCCGGUUCUUGGCCAGAACCAGUCCCCUGUCCAGCCAAAACCCAAUGUCCAGGCUUCUCCACAGCCUGGCCAAACACCAGGCCAAGCGCAGCAAGCUCAUUUGCAAGUGCCAGGUCAGAAUGCGACCCCGCAACAAGCCCUCGCUGUGCCUGCGGAUGGGGAGAAGGAACCUCUCAAGAGACCGUGGGAGUACUCGGAUGAAAUCAUGUCUGGACUCAAGACAGCAUUCCCAUUGCUGGCUCUGUCUAUGGAGACAAUGGUUGACCAGAUCCACAAGAACUUCAAGUGUCCUCCCGACGAGGAUGCUUACCGUCUUAUCGUUGCUCUUUUGAACGAUGGACUGGCCUAUGUGGGUCGCAUGCCCGGUUCUUAUGCUCAGGACUUCAAGCUGCCUGCCGCAACGGAAGCCAACAUCACUCGAUUCGCGGAGACAAUUCUCCCAGCUCAUAUUCGCAAGUCCUUCGAAGCAGAUUUUGUUACCAAGAAGCCGACCAUGAAUGAGUACAUCCACAAAUUGCGCCGCUGGCGUGACAAGUUUGAAGAGAAGCUCGACCGCCGACAACACAGUACCGUCCUUGAGAACGCCUCGCCACAUCUGAGUGAGUUCCGAUUCCUCAAGUUUGAUGAGGUUGAGGUUCCCGGUCAGUACUUGCUUCACAAAGACAAGAACCAGGACUUUGUCCGCAUCGACCGCUUCCUUCCGGACGUGGACUUGAUCCGGGGUAUUGGUGUCUGUCACCGCCGCUUGAAGAUUCGUGGACAUGACGGUAGCAUGCAGGCAUUUGCUGUUCAGCAUCCCGCUGCCCGCCACUGUAGGCGCGAAGAACGCAUUCUCCAGCUGUUCCGCAUCUUCAAUGGCUUGCUCGCCAAGCGCAAGGAGAGUCGCCGUCGCAACUUGUACUUCCACCUUCCUUUGAUGGUCCCUCUGGCACCACACAUUCGCUUGGUGCGCGACGAUUCUUCGUACAUUUCCAUGCAGGGAAUCUACGAGGAUUACUGCCGACGCAAGGGCAUCAACAAAGAUGACCCCGUGCUCUUUACAAUGGACAAGAUGAGGUCCUUAGCAGAGACAAAGCAGAACGUGAGUGUCCCUGACAUGAUUUACAGAACGUCCAUUGACCAAUCCCAGCGCACGGCGGAUCAGCAACAAGUCCUUCGCACAGAGAUUCUCACCGCGAUUCAGGACAAGUGGGUGCCAAGUACUGUGGUCUUGGAAUAUUGCCAGCAGACAUACCCGAACUUCUCAGACUUCUGGCUCUUCCGCCGGCAAUUCGCCUACCAGUAUGCAGCGAUCGCCUUCAUGACCUACGUUAUGCACAUCGGCAAUCGCUACCCGAACAAGAUCAUGAUCUCUCGUUCGACAGGCGACAUCUGGGGUGCCGAGAUGAUCCCAAUCAUCAACCCCACCAAGGCAUUCUUCUACAACCCCGAGCAAGUCCCCUUCAGAUUCACACCUAAUAUCCAAACUCUAUUGGGUCCAAUCGCCACCGAGGGUGUCUUCGCUUGCGCCAUGAUGGCUAUCGCCCGCUGUCUGACCGAGCCACGCCACGAGUUGGAGCAACAGCUCAGUGUCUUCGUCCGUGACGAGAUGAUGUUCUGGGCCACGGCUCAGCACCGCGGUGUCCUCCCACCCAAUCAACUCAGAGAUCUGGUCUACAAUAACAGCGAGACGAUCGUCAACCGUGCUGUUAGCCUCGCUAGCCCGCCAGAGGGCAACUUGCCUGCUAAUCAGACUACCAUCGAUCUCAUCUCUAAGGCUGUCAAUCCUCAACAUUUGGCCUCGUGUGAUGCGUUAUGGAUGCCGUAUCUGUGA